CACUAUCUGGAGCUGGAAAUGAAGGAGGCAGUUUAUUAAUAGAUAACGCCGAUUUUGAUUCUCCGGCAUCUUUCAAACAGAUCGGACGCUUCCGCCGCGCCAGAUUGUGCGUUGUGACCCCUUUGAACCCAGCGAUGUGUUAAAUCAAUGACGUGGAGAUGAAGAAACAAGUGAUUUUCUGCCUGCUCCUGGUCAGUGUUUUGGUGUGCAUUUCUGGACAGGAUGAGGAAGAUUACCAGGAGCCACCAACGAUACUUAUUGCGCUGCUGGUCCGCAAUAAAGCUCACACACUUCCCAUGUUCCUAAGUUAUCUGGAGCAACAGGAUUAUCCGAAAGAAAGGAUUGCCUUUUGGUUGCGUUGUGAUCACAGCCAGGACGAUAGUAUAGACCUACUACGGAAGUGGCUGGAUCACUCGGCGGAUCUCUAUCACAGCGUAAACUAUGUUUUUGAGCCAGAGGAGAAGAGUUACGCCAAUGAGAGUUCGCAGUACGAGUGGCCCGCAUCGCGUUUCAAGCACCUUAUCGCCCUGAAAGAGGAAGCCUUUCAAUAUGGUCGCGAUAUUUGGGCUGACUUUGUGUUUUUCCUGGACGCCGAUGUCUUGCUGACAUCAAAAGAGGCUCUGAAAACCCUCACCAGUCUUCAAUUACCCAUCGUUUCUCCUAUGUUGAUUUCGGAAAGCUUGUACUCAAAUUUCUGGUGCGGAAUGACAGAGGAUUACUACUACAGGCGAACGGAUGAGUACAAGGAAAUUUAUCAUGUGAAGAAACAAGGCAGUUUCCCAGUGCCCAUGAUCCACACAGCUGUUUUGGUGAACAUAAACCAUAAGGCAACCAGGAAUCUCACAUUCGAUAAGAAUAAGCUGGUAGAGCUGCAGACGAGCAGGGGACAGGAGCCACUCUACGAUGGACCGGUGGAUGAUAUUAUAGUUUUUGCCAUAUCCGCCAAUAGUUCGGGUACUCCGCUGCACAUCUGCAACGACAUAAACUUUGGUUAUAUACUGCAACCUUUGGAGCCGGGUGAUAAUUUAGAUCAUGAUCUCCAGCAGCUGGUGAACCUAAGAAGCCUCAUGGUCAACGAACUGGGCGCAGUGCCUCCUCUACUGGAUUACUACAAACAUUUGGUAAAGAAACCUGAGAAAAGCAAGCUGACUUUGGAUCGCAUAUUUAUGAUAAAUCUUAAAAGACGACCGGAGAGGCGGGAGAAAAUGGAGCAGCUCUUCGAGGAGCUGGGCAUUGAAACGGAAUACUUUCCGGCUGUCGAUGGCAAAGAACUCACUACCGAACGGCUGCAGGAAAUGGGCGUACGUUUCCUGCCCGGCUAUGAGGAUCCUUAUCACCAUCGAGCCAUGACAAUGGGCGAGAUCGGCUGUUUCCUGAGCCACUACAACAUUUGGGUGAUGAUGGUGCGCAAGGAACUGAAGGAGGUGCUCAUUCUGGAGGAUGAUGUGCGCUUUGAACCCUACUUCCGGCAAAAUGCAGUCAGGGUUUUGAACCAAGCCAGAGGCGCAAACUACGAUCUCAUCUACUUUGGUCGCAAGCGAUUGAAGGAGGAAAGUGAACCAGUUGUGACGAAUACGGAUAAUUUGGUGCAUGCUGGCUACUCCUACUGGACCAUUGGCUACGUUUUAUCCUUACAAGGAGCCUUAAAGCUGCUGGCAGCCAAGCCGCUAGAUAAACUAAUACCCGUAGACGAGUUCCUUCCCUUGAUGUUCGAUCGACACCCCAACAAAACCUGGAGCGAGGAGUUCCCAAAAAGAAAUCUCGUGGCUUACAGCGCCUCCCCACUGCUGCUUUAUCCCGUGUUCUAUACCGGAGAUUCGGGAUACAUUUCCGACACCGAGGACUCCCAGCAAAUCAGUGUCGACACGAGUGAAGAGGGAGAAGCUCGGCUAAAAAGCGAUCGGGAACAGAUUUUCGACCUGGAGGAGAAGGGCCCUCUCGAUCUGCAACUGAAGUUGGGCGAGAGUUUGUCCAAAAACCACCAGGAGCUUUGAAUUCUUCAGACUUCCAAAAACAACAUGCCAAAUUUUGUUUAAUAUUAAGCUAGACUAAUCUUGCCAAAAGCCAAAAGUGCCUUCAACCCAAAUCCACCAAGCUAAAAACUACCAACAACGAAUGUUGAACUAGAUAUAAGCUUUGUUUUUCAAGCUGAAUAUUUUGUGCAUUCUUUUCCAAAUCGUGUGUUGUCUUAAAAAUGUUCCUAAUUGUUCUUCCAUAAUGGAAAUAUUGCUUUCCAUUACUAUAAAAGUACUAAUGUUUAUUUUGUGUUUUAAAUAUUUUAUAAUUGUUUCCUACUUGUUUCCUUUUUAAAGAAACUUUUUUAACAAUCUAAAAAGCAAUACAUCCGCCUCAAUCAAAAGAAAUCCCUAAACUGUGAACCAAUCAAACAGUUGCACAAUUUAUAGGCCGAAUCUGUACUCUAGACUAAUAUUUUACCAGCAUGCCAUUGACCUAGACGUUAAGUAGGUUUUAGACUCUGAUAUAAACUCUCUCUUUAUUCCGUUCACAAAUGAAGUGAAUAACUGCAAA